GAGAAUCGGAGGACACUUCAAGCAGUAGCCCGUAACUCGAUCUAAAGACGACAUUGAAACAGACUUGGGUGAAACACACACAAUAGCAGAUUUCUAGACUUCUCAGAAUCAUGGAGUUAAUUACUGUUUUGAUUGCAUUGGUGCUGUUGAUGAUAUCGAUCUAUUGGGCAGUAAAGAGACCAAAACACCUUCCCCCAUCCCCUGGUAUAGCUCUUCCUGUUGUCGGCCAUUUGUAUUUGUUGGAGCGAGAUCCGAGACAGCAGUUCAAGAAAUGGUCUCACAAAUUUGGCGAUGUCUUCAGCUUGAAGCUAGGACAGGAAACAGUCAUUGUUUUAAACUCGUUUGACUCGAUAAAGGAAGCGUUUGUUAAACAGGGAGAUAAGUUCUCUGACCGACCUAAAAUGUCGUUAUUAUCUACAUAUGUUCCACAUAUAACGAAAGGCCUAACUCUGUCCUCAGGCGCUGAAUGGAAAGAACAGAGAACCGUAACGUAUGCGAUUCUGAAAAAGUUUGGAAUGGGGAAAAAUAUUUUGGCAGAUAAAAUUACCGAGGAGGUGAAUGCUUUUAUCAAUGAGCUCGCUAAAGGAAAAGGAAAAGUAUUCAGAUCGAUGCAGAUUCGAGGUCUGAUCAACGUUAGUGUCUCCAAUAUUAUCUGUUCAAUUAUUUUUGGGAAAAGAUUUGCGUUUGACGAUCCUAAAAUAAACCACCUAACAGCCAAAAUAAACGAGUUGGUUUUAAACUCCGGCGUAUCAAAGUUUAACUUUCUGCCCUUUUUAAGAUACCUUCCAUCAUUUAAAGUUAACACAAGCAAAUUUAUCGCUAACUCAUUCGUACUUCAUGACUUUGCCGUGUUCAUGGUGAAUGAGAUAAAGAGCAAGCAUGACGCCAAUGGCUUGGACAACUACAUACUAUCAUACAUUCAUGAGAUGGAAAAGGUGAAUGAAUCUAACGAGCCAACGAAUUUGAGCGAGGUCAGCCUUAUUCGUAACAUUGAAAAUUUAUUCCUGGCAGGGACGGAAACCACUAGUAGCACUAUUUUAUGGAGUCUUUUAUUUGUCUUACGGUACCCGGAAACGCAGAAAAAAAUUUACCGAGAAAUUGCUGAGAUGGUCGGAAGUGAACGUACGCCAAGCUGUUCUGAUAGGCCACAGCUCAAGUACUUGAACGCCUUCAUCAUGGAGACCCAGAGGAUGGGCAGUCUGGUACCGUUUGCUAUAUCGCAUGUCUGCACUGAGGACACCGUUCUCAACGGUUUCACCAUUCCCAGCGGUGCCCAGGUCAUUCCAAAUUUAGACGCCGUGCUCAAGGACGAAAAAAUAUGGGGCGAUCCGGAAAAUUUCCGACCCGAAAGAUUUCUGGACGAGGAAGGAAAUUUGAUGAAGAGAGAGGAGCUCAUACCGUUUUCUAUCGGUCGCAGAAUUUGUCUUGGGGAAUCGCUGGCUAAGAUGGAACUUUUCUUGUUCCUGUCGUCCAUGUUUCAGAGGUUCGAGUUCCUGCCUGUUGACCCAAAUCAUGUUUCUACUGAGAAACCUGUUUUUGCUGGAAUUAUAGCAGCUCCACCUUUUGAGGUUAGGUGUGUCAGUAGAAUUAAGUAGAUAGCCUACUCAGGGCUGAUCAUUAAUUUCUUAUUAAAGAGUCAACUAUCUUUUUAAUUAUACUUAUAAAAGUUUAGGAAAAAAUAUUUUAGAUUUUUCUUUAAAUUUAAAUCUUGAAUAAAUUGUAUGCGCUUGAUUUACAUUAGGUAUAACUUUUUUAAUACCAUUUUAAAUAAUAUUCAAGAGCAUGUUUUAUAUUUCAAAUAAUUUUAAACUAAUCGCUUUACAAUGUAAAUAAUUUUCUUCCUGUCAGAAGUGUUUAAAGGCGAUAACAGACUUAACGAACACACUAGGUUGAUGAAGUUUUACCUUAUGUUAAUUAAAAGAGUUUUAA